AUGCCAUCAUUGUGUUAUCCACUUCUUCUUUCUUUCAUUGUCUAUUUGGCAUGUUCUGUUGGGUGUGGGUAUGAUGAAUGUUCUUAUUGUAAUUGGGCAAAUACAUGCACUCAGUGUUACUCAGGGAGUCAUAGGGAUGCAGACUUUUCUUAUUGCUACAAAUGUCGAAGAGAGUGUAAAGAAUGUAAUGGAGAGCGGGUUUGCACCCUUUGUGUAGAUGGGUAUUAUCUGUUACAAGAAGGAAGCGAUUUACAGACAUGUAGGCCCUGUUCCAUUGGUUGCAAAACAUGUACAUCAGUGAACCAAUGCAGCUCUUGCGAUUCCUCCUUUUUCUUAGAUACAAAAACACAGAAGUGUAACAAGUGUAUAGCCGGAUGUGCAAGUUGCUCUCAAAGUGACAAAUGUGAAAUAUGUGAAAGAGGCUACACAAAUAUCAACGGACUUUGUUAUGAUUGUUCAUCAUAUUCAUGUAUGACCAAUUGUCAAAAGGGGACUUUUUUAUCAACGACGGGAUGUUUGUCUUGUCCAAGUCAGUGUAUUUCUUGCACCAUGUAUUCACAAUGUACUGCUUGUAAGGAUGGGUAUUACCUUUCCAACUCCGGUGAAUGUAAAACGUGCAACUCUGCGAUGUCGGGGUGUUUAAAAUGUUCGAGCCAGACUACCUGUUUAAAUUGUGGUCAACAUUACCGGUUGCUUACCGAUGGUUCUUGUUCGAAAUGUCCAGAUAAUUACAUGACUCCCGGGGUUGACACAUGUAGCAACAAGAAUUACCCACGCAACUGUAUGUCUGGGUACACCGACCCCUACGACUACUGUGAAAAAUGCCCAGACAAUUGUCAUAUGUGUACCACCUUGAAACAUACAUGUGUGACAUGCCAAAUGGGGUAUUACCUAAGCGGUUCAAAUUGUAAAAAAUGUGUAAGUGGAUGUGAUUAUUGUACAAACGAAAGCAGUUGUGUUCGAUGUAAAGUUGGUUAUGUCAAUUGGGGUUCAUAUUGUGUACCGUGUACUCAAUAUGAAGGGUGCAAAUACUGUCAAAAUGAAUGUAAACAAUGUGAAAAUGGAUAUUAUUUGUCAGGCUCAACAUGUGUCAAAUGUGCAAAUUGUUUGAUGUGUGACAGUGGAAAAUGUCACGUGUGUGCUUCAAUGUAUACCCCUUCAAUCGGUUCUUCUUGUGAUCUUUGUGAAAACGUUAUUUCUGGAUGUGUUUCUUGUUCGUCGACAUCACCAACGUGCUUAAAAUGUAUUGAAGGGCAAACACUGUAUGAUAAUAAGUGUUAUGAAUGUACCAUCAUUAAUCCCCAUUGUACCACAUGUUCUAUAACCUCACCGUCUUGUUUAAAAUGUGAUGAAAAUUACAAUUUGGUGGAUGCCAAAUGUGUGUCUACAUCAAUAGCAAUACCAAAUUGUAUUGUUGGAACGCGAGACGAAAACAAAUGCGUUAAGUGUAAUACAAGUUAUGUAUUAUCCACAGAUCAUUUUUCAUGUAAUUUGUGUUCUUCUGAAUUCGGGCAUUGUCUUUCUUGCAGUCAAAUCAAUUAUGAGUGCACAAAAUGUGAUAUAGAAUAUGGGAUUACUUUAUCAUCAACAUGUUCGUUGUGUUCAGAAGAUGCGACUGGUUGUAUUUCUCCUCAAAAUGGAAUAUGCCCAAAUGGGUUGUCACCAUUUGACAAUUUCUGUUUUGAUUGUAAAACAAAAAUAUCCAAUUGUUCCUCGUGUAGUACAAUUUCAUGGCAAUGUGCGGACUGUGAUGCUACUUCCAACUUCACAAAUCUGAAUGGGGUUUGCACUCUUUGUGAUAUUCCAAAUUGUUUUAAAUGUUCUUCAUCUUCAUAUGAGUGUCUAGAAUGUGGAACGGGAUUUUAUGUUGAGUCUGGAAAUUGCACCAAAUUGUGUGGAACAGACGAACUUUGUAUCAAAUGUGAAAAUGACAAAUGUUCUCAUUGUAAAAUUGGGUAUCAUAUCAACGAAUAUUACGAAUGUGUUGAAUGUACUGAUACACUCUGUACACUCCCUGAAAAUAAUAUGUGCAAACCGGGUCAAUUUCUAAGUAAGGGAUAUUGUUGGGAGACUUCUCUCUAUAAGAAAAAUUGUGAAUAUGCGAAUCCAUCAUAUGACAACUGUUUGUACUGUAAAACGGGCUUUGGUUUCAAUGCCACAAAUAAUUGUUUACCUUGUGAGUCUGGGUGUGAGUCUUGUCUCUAUGACUAUCAAAAGUGUAUAAAAUGCAAAAGCGGGUAUGUAACAAAAUCCCAAAAGUGUUAUCCAUUUACACGAGAACUGUGUGACACAUUCAAUGAUAAAAUUGGUUGUGAGGGGUGUAAAGACACUUUUAAUAUUGUCAAUGGAAAUUGUGUUACUAACACCGAACCAAACUGUCUGGUUUCUAAUGGUGAUUCCUGUGAAAUUUGUGAUAAUAACUAUUACUACGAUAACUCGUCGAAUUCAUGCGUCUUAUACACAGAAAAUGUAUGUCUUUAUUUAACAAAGUCAAAGUGUAUGUUGUGCUCUGAUGGGUAUUAUCUCAAAUACAAUGACAAUGCAAAUGAAUGUCUUCCCUGUCCCGCAAAUUGCACAACUUGCAUAUAUGACCAAUACAGUAGCAAAGUUCUCUGUUUAAGUUGUUCUGCUUUGUCGCACUACAUCGUUGAUGGAAGUUGCGAAAUCAAGCCUUCCCAUUGCAUAGCCACAAGUUUAAAGAAAUGUGAUAUAUGCGAACAAGGAUAUUACAUUUCAAAUACAAGUUGUGAACAAUGUGCCUCACCAUGUGUCUUAUGUUUAAAUAGUUCACUGUGCACAAAAUGUGAAGGUGAUUAUGUUCUCCGCAAUGGAGUCUGCUCCAAAAUACAAAAUUGUACGUCCAUUCAAAAUGGGGAAUGCUUACUGUGCGAUGAUGGAAACUACCUGACCACAGACGGCGGAUGUUCUUUAUGUGUAUCAAAUUGUAAAUCAUGCAAAACGGAAACAGCGUGCAGUCAGUGCAAACCAGGAUAUCUACUCACAGCAGACUUCCUUUGUAAAUUACCCCAAUCCAUAAACUCCAAUGUUACUUCUGUGCUCUCCACUGGUGUUGUAUCCACAAAAAGUGAAAUUUAUACGCGCAUUGCUGUUACAAACUGUAUGGAACAAACUGAGAGUGGGUGCAUCAGAUGUAAUAAAGGGUAUUUCAUUGAUAAAAAUAUGUGUAAACAAUGUUCGCAGAAUUGUACGUAUUGUAACAAUUAUAAUGAGUGCGUCACAUGUGAAAACUCAAUGAAACCAAACACAACGACGUUUGCAUGCGAGGUUGUGACUGCAAUACCAAAUUGUAAGCUAAUGUUCAAUCUCAAAGCAACAUGUGCAGUAUGUGAUUCGGGUUACAUAAAAGAUAAUCAAGAGAAUUGUGUGAAAUGUGAUGAGGAGUGUAGCCAAUGUGAUAAAACACCAAACAAUUGUAUUUCAUGUUCUUCAAAUUAUUAUAUGAAAGGUGGGAAAUGUGAGUUAACGAGCACAAUAAAACAUUGUCUUUUGGGUGGAAAGGUUGGAUGUGAUUUAUGUGAGAUUGGGUAUUACAACACAAUUGAUAGUUGUUCUGUGUGUGAUGUAAAAUGUAUUUCAUGUAACAGUUCAACAAGUUGUAUGUCAUGUAAAGACAAUUAUAUACUCACAAAUGGUAUUUGUGAUGAGCUGAAUAUAAUUAACUUCUGUUCUUCUUCGCAUGAUGGGAUUUGUAACAACUGCAAGGAAGGGUAUCACAUUACAAGUGCACAUUUGUGUGACAAAGAUACAAAACUUGGUCUCAUUUUAGGUGCAUCCAUUUCUGCCUUUAUCGUAUUACUUCUGUUAGUAGUUAUACUUACAAUGAUUGUGUUCUUCCUUUUAAGGAAAAAGAAAGAGGACAUGAAAACGUUAUUUAAAAUGAAAGACUCAAACAUCACUUUCGAACCAAUUCCAAAUAAGAAGAUAUGUACUAACAAAUUGAUCCUUCACUUCAACGAAGAUAGCGAAUUUAUUGAUGUGUGCGAAGAAACAAGAGAACUUCUUUGUAUUGGUAACAACUGUAGUCACACGCUCAAGCUCCAGCUUACAUCUAUUUCUUUAGAACGCUGUGAAACAUCUAUAACCCCGGAUAUAGUAGUGAUGAAGCCAGGCGAAGCUUGUGAAUUUGAAAUAAAGAUCAAACCCUUGUGCACCUGUCGAAUAGAUUCUAGCAUCAAAAUUGUGUACGUUGAUCUUAAAACAAGCCAAGAGAAUAGCUGUGAUAUUAAAAUAGAUGUGCAGACCAAACUCACAUCCAAGUUGGAUUAUUCCGAAUUAGAACUCGAAAAGAAGCUUGGUGAAGGUUCUUUUGGUGUUGUCUAUAAAGGCAAAUUCCGUGGAGAUGAUGUCGCAAUCAAAAAGUUGAAGACGAGUGAAGACUUAGCGAAUGAGGCGUUGGAUGAGUUCGAACGAGAAGUUUCGAUGUUGGACAAAUUCCGAAGUGAGUACAUCGUUCACUUCUAUGGUGCUGUUUUCAUUCCAAAUAAAAUCUGUAUGGUCACUGAAUUUGCAAAAUAUGGGAGUGCACGUGACUUGAUUCUUGAUACAACCAUGACAAAACCAGACUAUCCCAUACAACUCAGAUUAUGUCUUGACGCAGCAAAGGGGGUACUUUAUUUACACACAAAUGGUAUCAUUCACAGAGACAUCAAACCUGACAACAUUUUGGUAUUCUCGCUUGAUCGCACUGAAAAUGUUAUUGCAAAGCUGACUGAUUUCGGGUCUUCAAGAAAUGUGAAUUUGUUGAUGACUAACAUGACCUUCACAAAAGGUAUUGGCACCCCAAUUUAUAUGGCUCCUGAAAUUUUGCAACAAGAAAAGUACAAGAAGUCUGCCGACAUCUUUUCAUUGGCAGUAACAAUGUUGGAGCUUACAAAAUGGGGGGAGGUUUACGAAAAGUCGCAAUUUAAAUUCCCAUGGAUAAUAGCAGAGUAUGUAUCAAACGGGCUACGUCUUAAUCGUCCAGAAAAUGUUAAAGAAAGUAUUUAUGAAGUGAUUCAAAAGUGUUGGAAGCACAACCCAAUCGAGCGUCUUGAGGUUAGUAGUGUUGUAUCGAAACUCCAAGAACUCUAUGAACAAGAAGAGUAA